AUGGGGAGACACGGCAGAAGGGUAGGAGACGCUUCUAUCAACCGUUCAUUAUCUUCAUCCUCCACCCAAAAUGAGUAUGAAGAUGUUUACAGAUGGAAAAGGCAGAGGAAUCUCAAUGGGAAUCCUCACAACACUUAUUCCACCCACCACCCACAACAAUGGCAAUUACAGGCACCCACUUAUAUGAACUAUGGCGCUCCGCCUCCUGGUUUUCCUGGAAAUUUCAGCUUCUCUCAACAACAAAUGCCCUGUGAAUUUCAAGGCCCUUUAAUGGAUUUUCAUGGUCCCAAGAGUGCUUUUAGUAGAAAACUUCCUCCCACAAGGGCCUCCCAAAACGAUUAUGCUCAGCAUUAUGUGGACACUGGAAUCCGACCCCAAAAUUUUAUCAGAGAUCCUGACAUGUCUGUUGUUCCUGACGAGUAUCCGCAUCUGAAGGAGCUCAUGAAGCUGAAAGACCAACAGAUUUUGAAACGGUCUUUCAAUCCGGUAUACUUGAAAUGCGAUCUGCGAGAGACAAGGCUUUCCAAGGAACUGUUUGGGACAACUUUUGAUGCAAUUUUAAUCGACCCACCCAUGGAAGAAUAUGUUCGCAGGGCUCCUGGUGUCUUGGAUGCCACUGACUUCUGGACAUGGGAAGACAUUAGGAGCCUUGAAAUAGAGGCAAUUGCAGAUAAUCCGUGCUUCAUUUUCCUUUGGGUUGGCUCUAACGAAGGCCUUGCAGAGGGACGUCUGUGUUUUAAAAAGUUAUCAAAAUUUAAGUUUGUGAAAUGGGGUUUUAAGAGAAUCGACGAUAUCUGCUGGCUGAAGACAAAUCACGAAAGCAGAAGCAUGUCAGACUUCGUCAAUCGGGACUCAAAUUCUAUAUUCAAACGUACCAAGGAACAUUGUCUGGUGGGUUUGAAGGGUAUGAUAUCUGCAGACAUGCAGGAUCAUCUCAUGCAUCCCAAUAUUGACGCCGACAUUGUAAUAAGCGAAGAGCCUCCAUAUGGCUCAACGCAAAAGCCAGAUUAUGUGUACAACAUAAUUGAACACCUUGUCCAAGGCCGGAGGCGGAUUGAGAUUUUUGGUGCUGAUCAUAACCUUCGGCAUGGCUGGUUGACAAUCGGGAAUGCUCUAUCAUCUUCAAAUUUUAACUUAGAGUCAUAUGUGAGGAAUUUUGUGAAUUUGGAAGGAAAAGUGUGGGAAAGAGUCGAUGCUCCUCAUCUUACAGGCACAACAUCUGCCAUUGAAGAUCUUCGACCUAAAAGUCCUUCCUCAAGGAAAAGACAAAACAAAAAUCGUUUGCCAAACCAAGAAGUUCAUUCUUAA